AUGGCUGAAGAAGGUCCACAGAUCAAGAUCAGAGAAGCUACAAAGGAUAAUGUCGACUUUAUUUUGUCCAACGUAGAUAUAGCUUUAGCAAAUUCACUUCGGAGAGUGAUGAUUGCAGAAAUACCUACACUAGCGAUAGAUUCAGUUGAAGUGGAAGUGAACACUACUGUGCUUGCAGAUGAAUUCAUAUCGCAUCGGUUAGGGCUUAUUCCAUUGCAAAGUACAGAUAUAAAUGAUUUGGUAUAUUGUCGUGAUUGUUAUUGUGAGGACCAUUGUGACAGAUGCUCAGUAGUGCUUACGUUACAAGCGGUGGGAGAAAGUGAAUCAACAACAAAUGUGUACGCAAAGGAUUUGGUGAUUGUGAGUAACUUGAUGGGUAGGAACAUAGGACACCCAAUUAUACAAGACAAAGAUGGCAACGGAGUGUUGAUUUGCAAAUUGAGAAAGGGACAAGAGUUGAAACUGAAGUGCAUUGCCAAGAAAGGGAUUUCAAAAGAGCACGCCAAGUGGUCGCCCGCUUCAGCCAUAGAAUUUGAGUACGAUCCAUGGAACAAAUUAAAGCAUACGGAUUUUUGGUACGAGCAAGACGCAGCUGCAGAAUGGCCACAAUCUAAGAAUUGUGAGUAUGAAGAUCCUCCCAACGAGGACGACGUGUUUGAUUACAAAGCAAAGCCCAAUACAUUUUACAUGAAUGUGGAGACAGUUGGGUCGCUAACGUCAGACCAAGUAGUAAUUAGAGGGAUCAAGACUUUACAGGACAAAGUGGCUGAUAUUUUGUUUUCGCUGAAGAAAAUGGACCAAGACAAGGUAAAUUUUGGAGGCGCGGCAGGUCUUGUUGAGCAAGCCAGUGGCGCAAUGCCAAUGGACACAGAGGGGGGGUAUCCGUAUGGUGGUAACGCUGGCCAGUUCAAUGGCGCGCCCAGUGCGGGAUUCGAUGACGCGUGGUGA